AACAGAAGUCGGAGGUGGCUGCGGGAAAGGAGGCAGCGCUCCAGGGCUCUGCCUCUGGCAGGCUGAUGUUGCCUCACUUCCUGAAAGGCGAGGGGACAGGGUUGAACCUUGGCUCCUGCUCUCACUCCAGCCAACCUGCCCACUAUGGCCCUGGUGUUGAUCCUCCAGCUGCUGACCUUCUGGCCGCUAUGUCACACAGAUAUCACUCCGACUGUCCCCCCAGCCUCAUACCCCAAGCCGCAGCUGGGGGCUCAGCCAGCUGCAAUUGUGACCCCCGGGGUCAACGUGACCUUGAGGUGCCGGGCGCCCCAACCCGCCUGGAGGUUUGCCCUCUUCAAAUCUGGAGAGAUCGCCCCCGUGCUGUACCGGGAUGUGUCUGAGGAGCUGGCCGAGUUCUUCCUGGAGGAGGUGACUCCUGCCCAGGGGGGCAGUUAUCGCUGCUGCUACCGGAAUCCAGGCUGGGCACCGGGUGUCUGGUCCCACCCCAGUGAUGCCCUGGAACUGCUGGUGACAGAUACGCUGCCGCGCCCGUCGCUGGUGGCGCUGCCCAGUCCGGUGGUGGCGCCCGGCGACAACGUGAGCCUGCGCUGCGCGGGCCGCAUGCGGAACAUGAGCUUCGUGCUGUACCGCGUGGGCGAGGCGGCUCCCCUGCAGUACCACGAUUCCACGCAGCCCUGGGCCGACUUCCCGCUGCCUGGAGCCCGCGCCCCUGGCACCUACAGCUGCUACUACCACACGCCCGCUGCCCCCUACGUACUGUCGCAGCGCAGCGACCCACUGGUCAUCAGUUCGGACGGCUCGGGCUCCUCGGACUACACCCUGGGCAACCUCAUCCGCCUGGGGCUGGCCGGCCUGAUCCUGGUCUCGCUAGCCACGCUGGUUGUUUUGGACUGGCGCACCGGUAGUCGCGCCCCCGGUGGCGUCUGAGCCCAAGCUCCAGAGAACUGGAUCUAGACGCCUGCAGUGCUGUGCGGAGACUUUCCAGAGAGGCAAAGAAGAAGCAGGGACCUCGGGGUGGCCUGGCCCUUCCAGGAGCCCCACAGCCCUGCUGCCCAUCUGAGUGAGCCCAGCUUCCUGAGUCGUAAUAACCUUUGUAGCAUGCGCUCUCUCUUCCUCUGGGUCAUUUUUCCAGGACCUUCCAGGUCAGUGGAAGGUGAUAUUAAUGCUGAAGUCUUCCUAGCCCAAAGACCUGAAUUCGAAUACCAGUGCUGCUGCUCACUCACUGUGGGAUAUUAAGAAAGUGACUUUCCCCAAGCCUCAUUUGCCUCGGCUGUAAAAUGGGCACACUGGUAAAUGCUCAAUAAAUGUUAGCAACUGUAGAACAGUAAUUUCUAGCAAAGUCUCAGGACCUGAAUGAAAUUCUUUUUUUUCUCCAUUGCAC